AUGCUCAUCACCGUGUUGACAAUCCUGGGUGCGGUCUCGCUAGGCCUUGCUUUACCCCCUCCGCCACCGCCGACACGGCCUCCAAAACCGAUUACGACGUCGAGUACGACAUCUCAUACAAGCACCUCUACUACUAAAAACCUGAGCCCAUUAUGGGGUACCUGUGGUGGCGGUGCCUGGUACGGUCCCACUGAAUGCGCCGCGGGCGUAUGCGUGUACUACAACGAAUGGGAAAGCCAAUGCCUUCCAGAGUCCAUGGCAUCCCUUUAUACGUUUACCAGGCCCACGACGACUAAGUCUGUAUCCACUCUAAGUACAACGUCGCCAGUGCGAUCAACGUACACGGCGACUACCACUGCUGGGCAAGUCCUAUGGGGUACCUGUGGAGGUGGUGCUUGGUAUGGUCCUACGACCUGUGCUGAGGGGGUCUGCGUAUACUACAAUGAAUGGGAGAUUGCGCUGCAAAUUCUCGCCACUAUAUCGGCUGGCGGAUGCGUCCAGUCCAUAGAUGCCGAGCGGGUAUUUGAAGGCUCUCUUGUUGUGGAAGCAGAAAGGCACACUCAGCUCUCCCUCCUGGUCGUAAUGUUUAUCAGCGUCCUCAAUCUCUUGGCUGGCGCAGCCGUUGCCUUCGCGGCACAGAACCAACUGCAACAGGUGACCAACUUCGGUACGAAUCCGAACAAUGUGGGCAUGUAUGUGUACAAGCCGUCGAGAAUUGCUAGCUCGCCCGCCCUCGUCGUUGCUAUUCACUACUGCACGGGCUCUGCCCAGGCAUACUUUAGUGGGACACAAUACGCGAACAAGGCAGAUCAGUUGGGCUUCAUUGUCAUCUACCCCGAUGCACCACGCAGUGGAAAGUGCUUCGAUGUCCACAGUGCCGAGACUUUGAAGCACAAUGCAGGUGGUGACAGCCAGGGCAUCGCGUCCAUGAUCAAGUAUGCCAUCAACAACUACGGUGUCAACCCCAACAAAGUCUUCGUGACUGGCUCAAGCUCCGGAGCAAUGAUGACCAACGUCAUGGCUGGAUCCUAUCCUGACCUCAUCACUGCGACGUCGUCAUACAAUGGUGUUCCAUUUGGUUGCUUCGCGGGAUCAUCCGAGUGGAACUCGCAGUGUGCCAACGGGCAAAUUAUCAAGACUGCUUCACAAUGGGGCGAUAUUGCAAGAGCCGCCUACCCUGGCUAUAGCGGCCCACGCCCGAAGAUGAUGAUUUGGGACGGUACAGAGGAUACGCUCCUCAACUACAAAAACUACGCCGAGAUGAUCAAGCAGUGGACAAACGUUCUCGGUGUUAGCCAGACACCAACAAGCACCUCGACAAACAACCCCCAGUCUGGGUACACCAAGACGAUGUAUGGUAAUGUUGUCAUCGGAUACUCCGCACAAGGUGUCGGUCACACCGUGCCAGUUCAUGAGGACGUUGAGCUUGCUUGGUGGGGCGUCACAGGCGGCAACACUGGAUCAACAUCUUCGACCCGCCCUCCAACGUCGAGCACGAGCACGACUCGCCCUCCAACUUCGACUACGAGCACGGCCAACGGAGCCGGACAGACUCUUUAUGGCCAGUACGUCGUGCCUCCGUCUGCUCUACUUCCCUACUCACCACCCUUUAAUUCCUAUUUCCUAUUUACUACCGUCUAUUCCUGA